AUGGAUCUGCUAAACACGACGGAAAAUAACUGCACGGCACACUUAACGAAAGGGAUUACAAGCAGAAUUCUCGUUUCGCUCACUCUGUCGAUCUUGACAUUGAUGACAACCGCAAUAAACUCUCUGGUAAUUGCUGCAAUAAUUGUGACACGGAAGCUUCAUCAUCCCGCCAACUAUUUGAUAUGUUCUCUGGCAGUAACAGAUUUUCUGGUCGCUGUGUUGGUUAUGCCUUUCAGCAUUAUGUACAUUGUAAAGGAGACCUGGGUGAUGGGACCAGUGGUGUGUGACAUCUGGUUGAGCGUGGACAUCACUUGUUGCACAUGUUCGAUACUACAUCUCUCCGCUAUCGCACUGGAUCGUUAUAGAGCUAUUACCGAUGCCGUGGAGUAUGCCAGAAAGCGAACCCCCCAGCAUGCUGCCUUCAUGAUUGCAAUAGUGUGGAUCAUUUCUAUAUUCAUAUCUAUGCCGAUAUUGUUCUGGCGUCACCAAAGCCAAAAUCGUGACGAUGAAUGCAUGAUCAAACACGACCACAUUGUUUUUACUCUAUAUUCGACCUUUGGAGCAUUUUAUAUCCCAUUGGCAUUGAUACUUAUCCUUUAUUAUAAAAUUUAUAGAGCUGCCAAAUCCUUAUACCACAAGCGGAACGUGAGUCGAUGUGAAAAAGAACAAAACGGUCAGGUUCUUCUAGAAGCUUGUGGGAAAAGUUCUACCAUGUGUAUAGCAGAGAAGUCUUUCUCAGACCACUCGACGGAUUUCGACAGGAUCCAUAUCACAACACGGAACCCAAGAGCAGAAGCGAGGCACGAGAAAGCAAUGAGGAGGCAUAAAAUAUCCAGCAACAGGGAACGCAAAGCUGCCACCACCUUGGGCUUAAUCUUGGGUGCUUUUGUCAUUUGUUGGCUUCCGUUCUUUGUGAAGGAGGUUAUUGUAAAUAUAUGUGAUACAUGUCAUAUCUCGGACGACAUGAACAAUUUUCUCACAUGGCUUGGAUACCUCAACUCCUUAAUUAACCCUCUUAUUUAUACCAUCUUCAAUGAAGACUUUAAGAAAGCAUUCCAGAAACUAAUACGAUGCAGACACUAUCUAUGA